AACCCAGAGGAGAACUGGGCGUCUGCUGGGGCAGGCUGGAAGGCUUCCUGGAGGAGUUGUUGGAGCUGGGUCUGGACUCAUGAGUAGGAGUUUUUGAAGUGUGGGGCAGGAUGAUGCAGUGGGCAUCAUUGGUAUUUGGGGGCCCCUCCAGUCCUGACAUCAGCCUUGUCCAGCCCUCAGCCCAGAGCAGUAGGAGGACUUGUGGCUGGUGGAGAAUCUGGGCUGCUGUUUGUGUGACGUCCACCUAUGAUAGGUCAGUUCCUUCCACUUCAUCCUGACGCUCAUCCACACCAAGUUUACUGCUCUCCUACAGGUUUUAGGAAUCUCCGAUGGGAGAUCCCACACAAGCCGGUUGAUCUCCCCUUGCUCUCUGUUCUUCUCCCCCUUGGACAGACCAGGAUGAGCAGAGGAGGGGGCAGCAUCCCACAGAAACUAUGGCUCUGACCCCAGAAUGCUUAGUCACUGUGCAAGUCACCAACACUCUCUGGCUGCUGAAGUCUCUCUCAGUCCUGCCAAUGCGCCCAAGGAUGAGCUCUUCAUCAGGUUCCUGAAGCCCUGGCUGGGAGACGGGAUACUGCUGACUGCUGCUGACAAGUGGAGCCACCGCCGUCGGAUGCUGACACCCGCCUUCCACUUCAACAUCCUGAAACCCUAUGUAAAGAUCUUCAAUGACAGUGUGAACAUCAUGCUCGACAAGUGGCAGCGCCUGGCCUCAGAGGGCAGCAGUCGUCUGGACAUGUUUGAGCACAUCAGCCUCAUGACCUUGGACAGUCUGCAGAAAUGCAUCUUCAGCUUUGACAGCCAUUGUCAGGAGAGGUCCAGUGAAUAUAUUGCCACCAUCUUGGAGCUCAGUGCCCUUGUAGAAAAAAGGACCCAGCAUCUCCUCCAGCACAUGGACUUUCUGUAUUACCUCACCCACGAUUCGCGGCGCUUCCGCAAGGCCUGCCGCCUGGUGCACGACUUCACAGACGCUGUCAUCCAGGAGCGGCGCCGCACCCUCCCCACUCAGGAUAUUGAUGACUUCCUCAAAGACAAAGCCAAGUCCAAGACUUUGGAUUUCAUUGAUGUGCUUCUGCUGAGCAAGGAUGAAAAUGGGAAGCCAUUGUCAGAUGAGGAUAUAAGAGCAGAGGCUGACACCUUCAUGUUUGCAGGCCAUGACACCACGGCCAGUGGCCUCUCCUGGGUCCUGUACAACCUCGCAAGGCACCCAGAAUACCAGGAGCGCUGCCGGCAGGAGGUGCAAGAGCUUCUGAAGGACCGUGAGCCUAAAGAGAUUGAAUGGGACGACCUGGCCCAGCUGUCCUUCCUGACCAUGUGCCUGAAGGAGAGCCUGCGUUUGCAUCCCCCAGCUCCGUUCAUCUCCCGACGCUGUGCACAGGACAUUGUUCUCCCAGAUGGCCGAGUCAUCCCCAAAGACAUUAUCUGCGUCAUCAAUAUUUUAGGAAUCCAUCACAACCCAAGUGUGUGGCCGGAUCCUGAGGUCUACGACCCCUUCCGCUUCGACCCAGAGAACAGCAAGGAGAGGUCACCUCUGGCUUUUAUUCCCUUCUCCGCAGGGCCCAGGAACUGCAUCGGGCAGGCGUUCGCCAUGGCGGAGAUGAAGGUUGUUCUGGCGCUGACGCUGCUGCACUUCCGCUUCCUGCCGGACCACAGGGAGCCCCGCAGAAAGCCGGAGCUGAUCAUGCGUGCGGAGGGGGGACUUUGGCUGCGUGUGGAGCCCCUGAACGCAGGAUUGCAGUGACUCUCUGACCCACCGACCUGCCUGUGCAGCUUCUCCGGAAUAAAACGCUUCUGUCACCUCUG